AUGAUGCGCUCAGAGCCACGAUUCGACCCCAAGCGGAAACGCAUCGAUCACAAGAAGACUCAGUUCGCAACCGCAUCCUAUAAAGAGAACGACUAUCCGUACCGGCUAUCGUUCUACGAUGUUCCUCCCACCCAGGAGAUCAGCCUGGAAGAAUUUGAGACAUGGGCUAUCGAUAGGUUGAGGAUACUUGCGGAGAUCGAGGCUUGCUCAUUCAGAAACAAAUCGCCCGAAGAGACGUCCGCGCACCUCGAGCCUUUGCUGAAAAAGUACCUCCCGCUCUCCUCCAAUUCAGCAGCUCCGGGUGGUGUCGUGGACCAGAAAUUGAAGAAUCAACGGCGCAAGGACCAUUACUCCCAUUACAUCCUCCGACUUGCAUUUUCAAGAACAGAAGACCUUCGCAGACGCUUCGCCAGAGUCGAAACCAUGCUGUUCCGCCUUCGCUUCCAGUCAGAUGACACCCGUGAACGUCAAGCCUUCGUCGAAAGCCUAAACAUGAACUGGGAAGUUGUCCAAGACGAAGAAAAGAAAGCAUUAGGCGAGCAGCUUCUAUCCGCUACUCCUGGUCUCCGACGUCUGGACGGUGAGAACUGGUUUAAAGUGGACUGGACCCGAGUGCCAGAAUUAGUCGAGCAUCGGACAGUCCUCGUACGGAAAGGCAAAGCAUAUGUUCCAAUGCGCGAACAGACCAGCAUGGUGCUCACCGAGUUCACCAGCCGCCUAGACAAAGGCCUCGAGCUCACUGCCCGCAAUCUUCCGCGACUCGACGAAGAUGAUCGUCUGUCUCCUAUCCUCGACCAUCUUUCCAAGAACUUUGCUACUCCUGACGCCGGUUUCUCCGACUCGGACUCUGCCCUGGCCGGCGCUGCCAUCACUGCGGCCAACAUCGACAACCUUUCACAGCAUUUCCCUCUUUGUAUGAAACACCUGCACAACACGCUUCGGAAAAAUAGCCAUCUGAAGCACUUUGGCCGCCUGCAGUACACGCUAUUCCUCAAGGGCAUUGGACUCAAUCUGGAGGACUGCCUCAUCUUCUGGAGACAGGCGUUCAAACUCAUUACUGAUGACCAAUUCAACAAGGAAUACCGCUACAAUGUCCGCCACGCGUAUGGCGACGUAGGGGGCGAUGCGAACCGUCGUGGGCGGGGAUAUUCCCCGUACUCAUGUCAGAAGAUACUCACGGAACAUCCGCCCGGCACGGGGGAAGCUCAUGGUUGUCCUUAUAGACAUUUCAGCGUGGACAAUCUCACCGCCAUGCUCCAAGCCACAGGAGUCCACGAUCGAGAAGUUUUGAGAGGUGUCAAGGACGACGUGGAGAAAAAGAGGUUCCAUAUCGCAUGUAAUCGUGUGUUUGAGUGGGCACACAAGCAGGAAAUCAAGAAAGUCAAGGACGAAGGCAUAUGGGGUCCCGCUGAGUUGGAGACGAUUGUACAUCCAAACACGUACUUCAAGAGGAGUUAUCUGUUGAAGAACUUGGCGAAUUCAGCAAAGCAGGACGUUAAGAUGGAGGAUUGA